CAUCAAAGGUAUAAAUGUGCAAAUGAUUGAUGCCUUUAGUUUCAGAGUUCAAAACUGUUCCGCUUCGGAAAAACACUGAUCAAACUACUAAUUUUAGACAUUUCUAUGCCAAAUCUGAUAACUAAACUCACACAAUUUGAAGCACUAAAUGGGCAAAACAAUGAUAAUAAACGAAUAUAACGGUACUAUGUAUCUGCGUCUUUUUAACGCAACCGCAUGACCUACAAUUUAUUUCCAGCCUUUCUAUGGUGGCCGCACCACGCCAGUCCGACAGAUGUCUAUGAUGAAAACAGGAAGCGUUGUAGUUUACCCGUGUUAAGGAAUACUUCAGACUGGGGUUUGACGGUGCAAUGGACAAUGGCAACAAACUCGUGUUUGAUCCCAAAGAGCACCAGCACCUGCGCUACAACCCCCUGCGCGGCUCCUGGGUGCUGGUGUCCGCCCACCGCAUGAAGCGGCCGUGGCAGGGACAGGUGGAGAACCCUCCGGAAGACGACGUGCCGCGCCACGACCCCAGCAACCCCCUGUGCCCUGGCAACACCAGAGCCAAUCAGGAGGUGAAUCCCGAUUAUGACAGCACCUUUUUGUUCGAGAACGACUUCCCAGCUCUCCAGCCAGAUGCCCCGGACCCUGGCGCUGACCACCAUCCUCUGUUUCAAUCCAAAGCUGCCCGCGGCGUCUGGUGAGAUGUUACUUAUGUUACUUAUUACUCUUUCGGCGCUGCUCAGUC